AUGCAAUGUUUUAUUCAAUAUGGCGACUAUGAACCGAGUUCUGCAGUUGAAACCAAGGCAUUUCUUCUCAGUUAGCAAAGCGGUAAGUUGUUUAAAGUUCUUAAUGCUAAAUCAAAAUCUUAAUUUUUCGUAUGAAUAGAUUUCGGAGCUCUUACUGCAAUGUCUAGCUUGCAAUGUCUGCAAAUGUGUUUCAUCCGGCCGCUGUCGAGCAAAACGAGUUAUGCAAAGCCAUCCACUGCCAAGCCAAAGAAGCUCUUGAAAUGAUUGCAGUAGUUGUUGUCUGUUUCGUAAGCUUUUUUUUUACUUUCCUUUUUUCAGCUUGAAAGGAAUGCCUUGUCAUGUAGUUGUCGUUUGAAGAGUUCUCUGUCUCCAGACAAGAAAAAUUUUAUCUCAGAGGGUCCUAGUCUAGAAGAAUUCAUAUUAGGAGAAGCCAGUCCAAGGGAAAAUCCGUAUAAAAGAAAGAAAGGACAAAGGUAACCUUACAACAUACUCGUUACACACAAACCAAUAUCCACUUCAUGACACCUAUUUACUAAAGUUAAGGACGAAGACAAACUGGGAGGAGAGACAGGGAGCAGUAUCAAGAUCAAAUGCUGCGACUGCCAGGCCGCUUACAUUGGUGAAACUGGCAGAAUCCUUAGCCCGUGACUGACUGAACACAAACAAGUGACAGAAUUGGUGACGUCAACAAUGACAUUUCUGAACAUCAUUUACAGACGAAACAUCAAAUUGACUGGGACUCUGCAACAGGUAGCCUGCCGGAAAAUCUGCUUCUUCUCGCUCUUUGCCACUGGGGAUGUUUCGCGUGGAGGAACGUCUGCAACUCAGGGACGGAAAUUCCAUACUGAUGAUGUAAAUCAUACAAUAGAGAGCUCUAAAAACAUAGAGAUUACAAUGGGACAAAUAAUCUACCUUUUUUCAUUUUGAUACAUAUUUUGGAAAUUCCAGGCUUGAUGUCCCAUUCUCCAAGUUCAUUUUUGUUUCCUAUGAAAGUAGCUGGGGCCCAGGGGGGGUAUUCCAGAUUUCAAGUGACAUGGAUGAUUGAAUGGAGGAAAAAAUCAAAACCCAAAAAAUCCGUAGAGCUUCAAACAAACUCCAAAGAAUUUCUGGGCCAUAAAAUUUUCAGAGGAACUACGCAGCCGGAAUACCUGGGGAUCAUACACGGGAACUAUCACAAACCUUCAGAUUGCUUUGAAUACCCAACAAAAUCCGUACUUAAAUCAAGCUACCCAAGAAACUACUUGCCAAACUUUCCCUACCCGAAAAAAUCCUUUGAUUAUCCCUGUCACUUGAAAUCUUGAGUGCCCCUGCCCCCCUUUGGGAGCUGGGGGUCAUGUUUAUAGUGGAACACAAGGAUAACCCUGGCCCCUGGCCCUUGGUGACAGCCUGCUGGGAGAUUUAAGUUUCUUUCAAAAGAUUCAUGCUAUUUUUGUUUUUAUAGUACUACAUGAGAAAUUUCUGCAAUCUGAUUGGCUUAGAGCAGUGGUAUUUCAGCUUAAUUUGAAAUACCCACAUGUGAAAAUUACAAACCUUUUGGGGGUAGUAGUAUAAACAAAUAAUAGCAUGAUUUGUACGUGAUAUUUGGCAUAAAUACCACUCGUGAUAUUUCAAAAUUGUCUCAAAUUUCACUCGCCUAACGGCUCAUGAAAUUACGUAUAACAAUUUCGAAAUAUCACUUGUGGUAUUUAUGCCAAAUAUCACUACAAAUCAUGCUAUUACCUGUACUAAUAGUAUUUUUUUAAUAGUUAUUUAUUUUUCAUAUUAAUUUUAACUUAUUUAGGAUGUCAACAGUCACCCACAUUGUACCCCCUUAUGGCAUUAUACGGUUCAAUAAAUAAUUGUCAUGAGAGGAAAUUAGGAAACAUUAAUUAUUUAAUUUUGUUUUUUAAACCAGGUUACGAUUGCCACCAUGGCUUAAACGAGAGAUUCCAUUUGGUAAAAAUUACAAUAGACUUAAAGAAACUCUUACAGAGCUAAACCUUUCCACUGUAAGUACUGUCAUGAGUGUUGGUGUACUCAGUUUCAAGAUUAACAGUGCAGGCCAGGACUAAGUGAACCAAAAUAUACAUGCCGUAUUUGUCUGGAAAUAUGUGUACAUGUACACCCAUCACUAGGCAGGAUGUGUAGAUGAUUCUGUGCUGACACUCAUUAUGCAUCUGCCCUACAUACAUACAUACAUAACCUUUCUUUGAACUCGAAUUUUAGAGUAGCUGUACACUAUAUAGCUAAUAUCUUCAAGAAACAAAUUAAGAUCUCUGAAAACUGAAAAAAAUACACUCAAAAUAAGACAAAAAUAAUUUAGUGAAAACUAGUCAAACGUAUUGAGACUUUGCAUCAGUACACAUUUAGACUUGUUAGUAUCUAUAUAAUUUGCAUGCCAGUAUGUUAAGCUGCUUAUCGUUUUUGAAUAAAUGAUUCUUCUUCCAAUAAGUUUUUCUAAGAUACACUCCUCCAGAAAAAAGUCUUGUGUUUGCUGCUCAUUCCUCUAAAUUUAGGUAUGUGAAGAAGCCAAAUGUCCCAAUAUUGGUGAAUGCUGGGGUGGAGGGAAACAUGAAACAGCUACUGCAACAAUAAUGGUAUGGAUAUUAGAUGCAUUCCUGUCCAUAAUAUAUACAAUACACAUUUCUUUGCUUAAUUAUUAAAACUCUAUUGAAUUAUUAGUCAGACAGUGGAGUUGUUGAUGCUUUGCCUUGACCCAUUGCCUUUUGUGCUUUUUUUACUAAUUAAGCCUAUUUUGAAGCAGAAGGUGGUGGGGUUACACUUUGGGGUUUUGAAACCUUCCUUACAUCUACAUGUACUAUGUUUACUAAUGUACCAUUAAAAAGGUACUAUGAUGAAAUCCUUGAAUACCCUUUUUUCUGCUAGAUUGGCAGUUAAGUACUUAAAGUACAUGGUGUGCAAAUUAUAGCUUCAUACAAUUAAGGAAAGUGGUAUUUAUUCCGCUCAAAAACCAUUUAUUUUUAUCUGCCAUUAAACAUUAUGUCCCUGUGGCCUGGUUACUAAGAAUACAAGACAAUUGCUUUGUGACAUCAUUUUCUUAACUCAGCACAUGCAGCAUGUCAAAUUUCUUGAACGAACCCUGCUCAAAACAAUGUGCGGUUUCUCUCCCUUCAAAGCUGAAAAGAAACAUUUUUGUGACAAACUUGUCAUUAAGUUUUGAUUGUAGCAGCUUUUUAAUUGUCUUUCUGCUCUGCAUGUUGCUUGUAAGACGGUGCACGUAGAUCUUGGUUCAAUAGUUGCUAUAACUAUUUGACAGGUACUUGAUUUAGUGGUUUUUCUUGGCAGAUACUCGGUGAUCAAUGUACAAGAGGUUGUAGGUUUUGUUCUGUUAAAACCAACAAGAAGCCUCCCCCUCCUGAUCCAAAUGAGCCUGCAAACACUGCUGAAGCCAUCAGGCGCUGGGGAUUAGAUUAUAUUGUUAUCACCUCUGUUGAUAGAGAUGGUAGGUUGUGUUAAAAUCUGCAUGCAUGCGCAGGGCUAGUCAGGGUGGAGCAUUGUUUGAUGACCUAACGUGUCAUUGAGCUGCACAGGAGACUAGAGGCAUGUUUGCAGACAUUCUUUCUUGCUUUUGUUGCCUUAGGAUGCAAAAUAUUUAAUGAAAAAUCUUUGCCACCCUGUUGGCCAUCGCAUAUACAUGUAUGAACUAAAAGUGAACAGUGGCCUUUUCAGUAACUUGUAAUAAAGAAACUAUAACAAUAAUUGUUAAUUAGCAUUAAAAUGCAUGUAACUUCCAAAAUUAGACAAAGAAAUUUUUGAUGGCAUUAGAGUAAGACAAAAGUUUUUUGUUACAAGUGCACUUUUGCCUCUCUAUUCAUUCCCUCUUUCUUUGUGGGCAUCCCCUUUUCUUACCACUCUUAUUAUUAGCAAUAAAGGAUAAGUAAGUUUGUUUGUUAAAGCAAUUACAGAUAUGCACUAAUCAAACCUAGUCUCUAACAUCAUACAUUUAAGUCAUGCCGGUUAUUUAUCAAAUGCAAAGACACUGAUGGCCAAAUCUUGAGUUUAGAUUGUUCAAAGAGAGAACAGAUACAAAAAUUUCAGUUGGCAGAAGGAGAUGGGGACAAGGUUCAUGAACCAAAAGGCUUGUUAACCUUUUAGGUCCCAAGAGUGACCAACAUCAAUUUUCUCCUAACAACAUCAGCAGAUCAUCAAGAGUAAAGGUUAUGAGAAUUACUAAUUAAAAUUGAUUAUCAAAGGGAGAAUGCUUUGAUCUUUAACCAAAUUCUCUCAACUUUUCGUAAAAGAAAUGUAUGGAGAUAAGUUCAGAGAAUUUGUUUUUGGAUCUUGGGGCUUAAGCGUUAACUGGUUAGUUUUAGAGUGAAAGCUUUCAUUACAUAGGUAUUGGUAAUCUGUUCUGAUUUGUUUCCUCCAAAUCCCUCGCAUUGUGGCUAGCCUGAGUUCUUGUUAAGUUGAGUGUCUUACUCCCCUUUAUUCCAGAUUUACCUGAUGGUGGAGCUGCACAUUUUGCAGAGACAGUGACUCAAAUAAAAGAGAGGUAAAUUUAAACAGAUGCAUCAGCUACUUAAUAGGUAACUCGAAUGAACGAGUUUUGUAUAACUGAUGCACACUGUUUUCUCAAUCUUACUGAUCUGUUUUAGGAGUACAAACAUACUUGUUGAAUGCUUGACAGGAGACUUCCGAGGUGACCUGAAAGGUGUAGAAACUGUUGUAAAAUCAGGGCUUGAUGUCUAUGCUCAUAAUGUUGAGACAGUUGACAGACUGCAGCUGUGAGUAUAUUCAAUUUAAUUUUUUUUUGGUGGACUGUUGAAUUUUUCCUCAACUCAUGCAGAAGUGUUGAAAUGAUAGUUAAAAAAUGCGGCUUUAGUGGUAGAGGCAAAGAUUUGUUGAUGUUCGUUUACUGGGAUGAGUAGAGGUGCACGCCCUCAUUAAAAUCAACUCUUUAAACCCUAAGAUCAAAAUUUGAAUUCUCAUUUGUUGCCCCUAUUCAUUUCCUACAGAAGUAGUGGGGAGAAGUUGAUAAAAUAUCAAGCAAAUUAAUCUUGUGUGAUCAUGUCCAUAAUUCCCAUGACCACUCUGUCUCACAAAGCAUUGAUAUUACAAGGAGAAAUUUGAUGCUGAUCACUCUUAAGGUGAUGUUACACGGGACGAUUAACAACGGCGAUUUUUAGCGUUACAACAUUGUUGUUACAUUGAUUUGAACGGCUGCAAUAGAGCGGUUUUCACUUGACUGUCGUAAAACCAAAACCAAAGUAAAUACACUAGCCAACCAAAGGGCGUAGUAAAACCAAACCAAAACCAAAACCAAUCCCUUUCGACAGUCAAGUGAAAACCGCUCUAUUGUUUCAACAUUUGAACCCUGUGUUGCGCUAAAAAUCGUCGUAUCGUCCCGUGUAACGUCACCUUUAGGGCUUGAAAGGUUAAACCAACUCUCUGUGUCUGCAUAUCAGACAAAACCAUCAUCAUAUGUGAUACGAACAGAUAAAACAAAUUUUUGGCGUAACCAUAUCAUUACGUAGGUGCUGGUCAGGUAUUAACAGUCACCAACGACUUUGACAUCUAACUUGCGCAGGGGAAACUGAAGAGAUUUCUAAAACCAUACCUAAAUGAGCAUGAUUCAGUCUAACAGGCCUGAGAAAAUCGCAAGAAACCAAGUAAAGUUGACCCAAAAAUUCCAAUGAAACUUUUGUUACAUGACCCAACUGCUAGAGAGUCGAGAAAGCAAAAGGUAGAGGUCGAGAGGGUAGGGUUAGAGUAAGAAAUGUUGGUUUCUGUGCAUGCCGGAAAUUCGGAAGCUGUUGUUUAGAAACCGCAAAGUGCUCGACUCAUGAACAACGUUUUUAGUUGUGUUGGUCCGUCCAGUGACCAGAAAACGGCCUGACCAACUUCAAAUAGCGUUUUUUGCCUAGUAGGAAUGGGUUAGCAACAAUUAAUAUGCCGCUUUUGUAUGUACUGGAACUUUUCUGUACUUUGAAUUGGAUACAUGCAUGUCUAGGUGUAAGUGCUUUACUGUAAAAAAUCCCUGUUUAAUGGCAGACUUGUGCGCGACCUGAGAGCCAACUAUAAGCAGUCAUUAGAAGUGCUGAAACAUGUGAAAAGAAUUCAACCAAACAUGGUAACCAAGAGUUCUUUGAUGCUGGGACUGGGUGAAACUGAUGAUGAAGUGCUUCAGGCCAUGAAAGGUAAACAUUAUCUUAUUCAAAUUAAUUAACCAUUUUUAGUCAACUGCUAUUUAAAAAAACCCCUAGAACUAGAUUGCAAUUGUUCACAAAAAGUGUAGUUUUUAUCUUACGCUUUACCCCAAAUAAAAAGUUUACCUUUUUAGGGGGUGGUGAACGUUUUCCUAGGUCCACAUUUCAUUGGCCUUUUUUUAUAAUGUUGGAAGAAAACAAGCAUUACUUGCUGUGAAUGUUUUUAACAGUAGAAGUAAAUCAGGCAGUUAGUUUCAUUAAUUACGAAUGGUUUUUUUAAAAUUAAUUUAAAUACUUCGUUUUUGUGGCCUACAGAUCUUCGUGAGGCCAAGGUAGAUUGCGUGACACUAGGGCAAUACAUGCAACCGACAAAGCUCCAUCUGAAGGUAACGUAAUUUGUAACGUUUUCUGUGGAUCAUCCUCUUCUCGUUACUGUGAUUUUUGGCUGGCAUUAUCACAAUAAAUGGCUUGAGAGCAAGCCUUCGGGUGGGGAUGGUCGGGCAGGAAAAGAGCGUUUUCUCCCCACCCCAUCCCCGCCUUUCUUGCGAGAGUUUGCUGGCAGGCUCAAAUUAAUAACUUUGGUUGAUAACAAGUUUCUUAUCUGGCUGACCUUUGGUGCCUAUUGAAUGCACUCAUUUUCACCCACAUCAUUUUCCUUGCAGGUUACAGAGUAUAUCACCCCUGAGAAGUUUAAGCAUUGGGAAACAGUAGGAAAUGAGCUAGGCUUUGCAUACACCGCCAGCGGGCCACUUGUACGGUCAUCCUACAAGGCUGGUGAGUACAAAACUAACCCCCAAACCGUCAUAACCCUUCAUAAGGGACGGACGCGAGAAAUAAAGAAACUGCAGGUGCAAAUUAAAGAAGCAAACUUACAGCUCGAUUGCAAGUUUCUUUAGAAGUUUAAAUAUUUAAUCACCACUUCGUGUUGUAGAAUACUAAUUUUCUUAAUCGUAACUAUAAUCUACACUCAAAAUUGUUUGAUCUGAUUGGCAAUUGGAAGCCCUUAUUGCAGGAUUACAUGUAAUUGGGCAGAUUAACUGGACAGUAGGGGGCAGCUGCAUUCGAAUGGUGUUUUUCCUUACACCUAUACGAUGACGAUACGAUGACCAUAAUGAUGAUGAUGACGAUUGCGAUGAUGAAGAUGACGACGACGGCGACGAUGAUGAUGAUGAUGAUGAUGGUAGUGGUGGUGGUGGUGGUGGUGUUUGUGGAGAUGCAAUCUCGUCCCCAGGGGUUAGCCUGGGGACAGACGAGGCUGGUGUUGGUGUGAUGACGACAACGACGAUGAAGGUGGCGAUCAUUCUAGCCUUAAUGUGAAGAGCCGUAAUAUAGAAAAACAUAGCUUAAUAUAGUGCAUAUGUCUGAUCCAACACAGGGGAGUUCUUUCUGACGAACUUGCUGAAAACAAGAGGAAGCGAAGUAACAGAAACAUGAUAACUUGGAACAAGAAAGUAACAAAAUCAGUUGGUCGGCCGGCAAGAUUGAGUGGAGAUACAAUGCAUCACCUCAUUUGGAUUUUCGCGCAGUCGCCAAUUGUUCUUCUAUGUUGAAGCUGUACCGCGGACCCAUACUGAAUGAUGGAAAGACUUGAAGUAAAAUCUAACACUGGGUUUAAGUUACCAAGAACACGCGUGACAGCUGAUAACGCUGCAUGCACAUCGGCAGCGUGCACCCGUGGAAAAAUAAUGAUCUUGGCAUCUGCUGUUGAAACAAAGCCAAGACAACAUGGCGGAGGAUUAUUUUCUGCUUUCCAGUAUUGAUGUCAAAGAGCUGACACACGGAAUUAUGUUGUUGACUCAAAUCUCAACAACACUGAUGACAAUCCAAUACAUUUGUAUU